UAGAAAGCUGUCACCCAACAGCAACUGCUGUUUGCAUGAGAAGAAGGAGGCCAUCAUGUCCACCCAGCAGGACUAUGACUGUGUGGUGAUCGGGGCGGGUGUCCAGGGCUCCUGCACGGCCUACCAGCUGGUUAAACAGAACAAGAAGACUCUGCUGCUGGAGCAGUUUAUCCUCCCUCACACCCGGGGUAGUUCCCAUGGACAAACUCGAAUUAUUCGCAAGGCCUAUGAGCAAGACUUUUACACUCGAAUGAUGGAGGAAUGCUACCGUCAGUGGACUCAACUGGAGAAGGAUGCCGGUGUGCAACUGUUCAGACAAACAGGACUGUUGGUCAUGGGACCAGAAAACCAUGGAGAUUACCAGUUAUUCAAGGAUACUCUACAGAAGAAUAAGGUUCCCACAGUGAUUUUGACCCGUGACAACUUCAAGCAGCACAUCCCAAAUGUCAUCCUGGCUGAAGGAGAUGGUGCCCUGGUAGAUGUAACAGCUGGAGUCCUGUUUGCAGACCGCGCCCUGAAAGCUGUACAGGGCCAGUUUCAGAAGUUGGGAGGGGUCAUAAGAGACAAUGAGAGGGUUAUGGAAAUCAAGCCUGGCUCUGUUGUCAAGGUGACAACGUCUAAAGGAGUUUAUCGAGCGAGGAGUGUUGUGAUCACUGCUGGACCCUGGACCAACAGACUCCUGGCUCACACUGGUUUCCAGUUACCACUGGAGGUAGUCAAGAUCAAUGUUUGCUACUGGAGAGAGAAGACUCCUGGGACAUACGAUGUGAAGCAGCGCUUUCCGUGCUUCCUACUCACUGAGGGUGCGGAGACCAAAGAACACAUCUAUGGUCUCCCGUCCAAUGAGUAUCCAGGUUUGGUAAAGAUAUGCUACCACAUGGGUGCCAAGACCGACCCAGAUUACAGAGACCUGCAGACAGAUAAAUCCGAUAUUGACAUCCUGAAGCGUUACGUAGCCCGAUGCAUGCCUGGCCUGAUCCCUGAACCUGCUGUGGUGGAGAGCUGCAUGUACACACUAACACCUGAUCGUCACUUUGUGCUGGAUUACCAUCCCAACUACAGCAAUAUCAUCAUUGGAGCAGGAUUCUCAGGUCACGGUUUCAAGUUUGGACCGGUUAUCGGAAAGCUUCUGUGUGAGCUCAGCCUGGGAGAGGUGCCCUCCUUUGACCUUUCACCUUUCCGAAUCGGACGUUUCCAGUCAAAGACCAAAUCAGCUUUGUAGAGUUGGAACUGGUUUCAGCACCUCUGUUUAAUUUUUCAAAAUCAUUGAUCAAAUCUACAGCCAAAUAUCAGUUUUGAAGCUCUGAAAGACAUUUAUUGUUUAUGGUUUAUAGGUAUAUACCAUCCAUUGGACCACAUUGAUUUCUGUUUUUUUUUACAUACAUAGUUUAAAUCGAUAAGUGGCAGCCUAGUGGUUAGGGCAUAGAUGUUGGAAAUCUGUGGUUCUGAGUUCGAGCCCCACUCCCACAGACUGCCACUCUGGGUGUCUGAGCAAAGACCCUUAAACGUCACACUGCUCCCCGGGCGUCCCACGAUGGCAGCCCACUGCUCCCCAAGGGGUUGAGUUAAAUGCAAGGGUAAAUCUCUUCUCCAAAGAAAUCAGUAAAGUUAAAUUAUUAUAAAAUCCUACCUACCUUGGUAGAGACAGAUUUAAAUCCUAAAUUAAGGAUUUAAAUCAGCAACUCUUUAAACAGAAAUCUAGGAUUACUCAGAAACCAAAUGUAUUCAAUCUAUUGCAAAGCAUAAAAUUAAAUCUCAUUUUUUGAAAUGAAAUCGCAUUAUUAGUAGAAACGUACAU